AUGAGGGUCGUCACUACAUUCCAUCCCCCUUCUUCCGUUGUUCGUUCGUUGAAAUGCAGCCUAGCAGAAGAGCAGGAGCACCUUGUUGUCGCGAAGGCCAAUAGGCUUGAAGUGUUCUCUCUACGGCCGGAAGGCCUGCGUCGUGAAUGUAGCCUCGAGAUAUGGGGUCGCAUUGUCUCCCUUGCUGCGAUACCACUAGAUGAUUCAAAGCAGUCAAAUCUCCUGGUCUUAACGGACCAUCCAGAUCCCAAGCUUAUUAUACUCACUUACGUCGUGGAUAACUCCGGGAAUUCAAGCAUCGUCAGCAAGGAGUUUGUGGACCUGUAUGACCGCUAUGCGCGGCCGGCUGAGUUUGUCACAGACGUGGCGGUGGAUCCGACGGGCCAGGUUGCUGUAGUAAGCUGUUAUACAGGCCGCCUGAAGGUUGUACAAUUUGAAGACGGAAAGCAGACGGGUGUCCCGUUUGACAUCUCCAUCCCGGAACUCUUUCUUUUGGCCAUGACAUUCAUGCGAACAGAUGCCGAUGCGUAUACGCUUGGUAUACUCCAUUACGAUCAUCAGCAGCGUCUGCAGCUAUUAUCCCGCGACAUUGAUAUUGCGGACCUGUCUGCUCCUCAGUCCUACCAUCUUCCUCCAACUAUCCUCUCAACGAGCGUGUUUCCUACGGCGACAACAGUUGAGACUCCUCCUCUCCUUAUUCCUGUCCCGCCGUAUGCAUCUCAAGAGGCGGACGAGGAUAGCACCGCAGGUAGUCAUCUUGGCGGUGUGCUCAUCGUUGGCGGCCGUAAAGUCCUGUUUUUUGAGCACGCCUCCGAGGAGCGUCAGGAAGCGAAGAAAGGCAAGCAACGGAGGGCGUCGAAGCGUAUGUCUAGCGGGGAUCCUUCCGAAGCCGCUAAGGCGCGGGAGAAAGAGAAAGAGCGGGAGUCGAGGAAGGUGAAACAGAAAGCGAGUGUCAAGUGGCCAUGGAGCGAAAUCACUGCAUGGUGCCCCUUGGAUGAUGAUGGUCGAAGGUUCCUCUUGGGUGAUGCCUAUGGUCGGCUUGCCAUGCUCGCAUUUGACGAGACGCCGGGUCUUGUCCUAAUUCCGGUUGGAGAGACAUCGCCAGCGACUACUUUGUCUUAUCUAGCAUCUCAGGUUGUCUAUGUCGGCUCUCACUUCGGCGAUUCACAACUCCUUCGCAUACAUCCAACCCCCAUUGCCAAUGUUGAUUCUGAGACCCUUCACAUACCACUCGGCAUAUCAAGGGUGUUGCCAUCUGCCUUGUCGCCGUCGAACAAGGGCAAGCAGAGGGCUGACUUCGACAUAGACAGCGGCGGGGAAGGCAAAGGAGGAAAGGUCGUCGAGGUCAAGGGAACCUAUAUUGAGGUACUGGAUGAGUACCAGAAUAUCGCUCCUAUCAUGGAUGCCGCCCUGGCCGAUUUAGAUGGCAGUGGUCAACCGCAGAUUAUAACUUGUUCUGGGGGCCGUAAUACGGGCUCCCUGAAGGUCGUGCGUACGGGCGCCGACUUUCAAGAGCGAGCUGUAGUGCAAGGUGUCCCACACGUAGUCGAUAUGUGGCCUCUGCGAACCCGGUUCGAGGACACUACAGACACCCAUCUCGUCACGUCUACCCUCACCGAGACGUGCGUAUGGCGCAUUGAUGGCGUCGAUGUCAUCACACGUCUCGACCCGUCUCACGAUGGGCUCAUCGCAACUUCGCCGACACUGGCGAUCUCAAAUAUACCGCGCAGAGUAGCAAACAACAACGGCGGUAGGGUGACGUCAUCGUACAAAGACUCAUCGCUAGUCGUACAAAUCACUCCAGAGAAAGUGCAUCUGGUGAAGUACGACGCCGCUCUCGGACUUUUUGCUUCGUCGGGCAAGGACUGGGAUGCGAAGCAACAGGGUCGGAGCAUCGUCGCAGCAAGCAUCAACGCAAGUCAGUUUGUAAUCGGCCUGAGUGGAGGCAGGCUUACUUUGUUAAACCUCGGCGAGAACGACGAGUUCCAGGUCUUGAAAUCUCGAGACUUUUCUGAUGUUGCGCAUGGUCCUCUCGAGAUUUCAGCAAUCUCGUGUCACCCCUUUGACACGAGCAAGAAGUUCGCAACCUACAUCGCGGUAUCGUUCUGGGGCACGAACCGAGUCGCCAUUCUAUCACUCGAGUCCGCCUCGUCUUACCUGAACACGCUCUGCGAGACCGACUCACUUUCCUCGCUACCUCGUUCCCUUUUACUGUACAACUUUGGCAGCGGACGUACCCGUAAAGACGUCGAUUUCCAGCCACAUUUACUGGCGGGCCUGGCGGACGGGACCGUGGUGUCCUUCAUCUUCAAAGAUAACGAUUUAAAAGACAAGAAGGUCUUCGCCCUAGGGAAUGCUCCCGUCGCUUUAACAACGUGCACGGCAGAUGGAAAGACUUCAAUCUUCGCGAGUGGCAGCAGAGCGUCUGUGCUGUAUUGGGAUCGACAGAGGCUGCAUCAAUCACCUGUCAUGCUCAAGGAUAUGGCUAGGGGAGCAAGUCUGAACUCUGCGGCAUUCCCAUCCUGCCUGGUCCUUGCUACCUCCUCAUCUCUGACGAUCGGUAACGUGCGCGGUGUGGAUAAGAUGCAGAUCCGAACAGUGCCAUUAGGCUUAGACAAUCCGCGUCGGGUCGCAUACCAUGCAGGACUCAAGACUCUUGGUGUGGCGUGUACGCGAGCAGCACCGCCUCGUAUUGCUGAAGCGGAAGAGAGACUAAGCUCUUUCAAGUUGUUCGAUGAUGUCACCUUCACAAAUCUUGCUUCAUUCUACUGUGAUCCGGAUGAGGAGGUGGCAUCUGUGCUCGCAUUGCCUACUGCCGGCGCUAGCGAUAAACCCUCGUUCUGCGUUGGCACUGUCAGAAUUCAUCCGGACGAGCGAGAACCCUCAAAGGGUCGGCUGCUUCUGUUCUCAUUCUCUCCCCAGCAGGACACCGUAUCCGCCAUCAAUCCGGCAUUGAUAUUAGUAGCUUCGGCAACUGUUGACGGUUGCGUCUACCAAGCGGCAUACGUGCAUGGCCUGAUUGUCGCUGCAGUGAAUUCGUCGGUCAUUGUUUUCAGGACAGAGAUUGUCAAUGGAUCGUCGAUGUCUUUCCAUAAAAUAGGAGAAUGGAAUCAUAACUACACGGUGACGUCCCUUGUGGCUCAGGACGAUGUUGUUAUCGUCGGAGAUGCCAUCUGCUCCAUCUCAAUGCUCAGGAUAGGCGAAGGACGUCCAUCGACCAUCGCAAGGGACUAUAGUCCUCUCUGGCCCGUGGCUAUCGAAGCGAUUGGCAAGGAUGCCGUGAUCGGAGCGAAUAGCGAUUGCAACCUCUUCUCAUUUGCCCUCCAACGUGAUCCUCGCCCAACGGUAGACCGCCAACGUAACACUUUGGAGAGGGAUGGCGGGUAUUAUCUUGGAGACGUCGUCAACAAGUUCCUGCCUGGUGGCCUAGCUAUGGCUGACUUCUCGGGUGACGCUCCCAUCAAGCCUCUUCAUUUGUUCUUCACAUCUACUGGUCGGAUUGGUGUCAUUCUUAACAUGGCCGACCAUAUCGCGUUGCAGAUGACCGCUCUGCAGCGCAACAUGGCGAAGAGCAUAAUCGGUCCGGGUGAUGUACAUCAUCCCAGAUGGCGUGCACCGGCGAAUAACAAGGGGCACAGCGACGCUGAGCCUGCCUUCGGCUUCUUAGAUGGCGACUUCGUCGAGCAGUAUCUCACUCUUCGUGAUACUGCAUCAUUUUUGAGCGGCGAGUCAGAAGCGGAGCGGGUUACGAUGCCUCAUGCACAAAUCACAGCUGUAUUGGAGAGACUUCAGAGUUUACACUGA